AUGUCUACAACUGUUAAUAAUAAUUAUACCUCUAGUAGUAGUACCUCUGCCUCUAAUAGCGCUGAAUCCUUUGAUUUAAGAAUGAAAUCAAUGGAGGAUCAAAUCAACAACCUUUCUUUAGACUUUACAAGAUUCAUGAAAGAACCUAUGUUCUCAUCUAAUACCAAUUCACGUAGCCAACCUUCUCAUGAUGAUUCUGACACUGAGAAUGAACAAAGUGAAGAUGAAUCAAGUAACAAUGUCGAUGUUCCAACCGAUUAUAAAUUAUCCGAUACCUUACUUGGUCAGUACAAACAUAUGGUAAACAAUCAAGGUUUACUCGUCGAAGAAGAAUGUAUCCUCAAGAAAGAUGAGAUAUCCGAAUUGAAUAAAGUAUUCAACUUUCCAUCCAACUUCCAAGUCAACGUCGCUCCAUUCGGUACACCUGAAGGUAUUACUGUAUCAUCCAACGUCAAGAACAAUGAUUAA